UGACUAAUGGCGGAGAGUUCUUGCAUUUUUUGGUUGUUUUGAUAAGAAGUGUUAAUCACCUUAGUACGUAACAGGAACUCCGGACAGAAAUCGUUUUCGUUGAAGCUCAUUUCCUCGACAUGGUGGAAAAAUCUAAACCUCCAGCAGCUGCAGCGAAACAAGAAACUCUCCCCAAACGAACAGGUAUAUUGAAGAAGUCAAGCUCAUCUCUGGAACCAGUUCCUGAAUUUGCAGAAUCUUCAAUUCAAAGAGCAGAUUCUAAUUUAGAUACUGUUGAAAGGGAGCGAACAUCAACACCACAUGAAGAACAACAGAAAUUCAAAGCACUUUGUGAGGGGGUGCAAAACUGCCUGGCAUUAUUCCAGACUUCCCUUUCAGAGUUACUAGCAAUAAAAGAUGAGCUGUUAAAGCAUGCAUUGCCACCCAGUUUGCUCUUGAAGGUGGCACUGGUCACUGGGAAAUUGUUCAGAAGCUCAUCUGAUCUUAGUGUACCAAUCACUGAGUUGGUGAGAAUGGUCAAGUUGUUCUCCACACCUUGGGAAACUAAGAGUGCUGCAUUAAAGAAGUUGCAUGAGGAUUAUGAAAACAAGCAAAGGCAGUUAAAUGUGGCUCUACAAAAGCUGGUGCUGGUUGGAAUUCAGAGUGAAAGGCUAGCCCAAGAAAGGAAAGUACUUAACUGGGAGAAACUCUUCUCUAAGAUGAUGACCUCAAAAGCGCAGGGGUAUCGUUGGAAGUUUCUCAUUGAGUCUUUCAAAGAAAAAGUGAAAACAGGGGAAGUUUAUGCAGCUGGUAUAAGCACAGAUGAAGAAGCUGAACGCGAAAAAAAGAAGAACGAGCGUGAGUUGGAAUUCUUAAGACGGAGAGGGAUGAACAAAGACACUGCUGCUAAAAGAAUCAUGAGAGAGUCUUUGGAAGGAACAAGCAGUGAUAAAAUGCCUCCUUCAGUUUCUGGCAAAGACAAUGAUGUCAUUUCAGACGACGAGAAUCUCAGCGAUCCGGAACUGAAAACCAUUUCACCUACCAGUUCGAGCCCUGAAAGACGAGCUAACCGCUCAAGUGUUACAAGAAUCACCAUUACUCCUGACACAUCUGCUGCUGAUCCGAAACCAGCAUCAGUGCAAACCAAGAUUGAGUCCAAGAAGGCUCGGCCGCGUAUAAAGUUCUUUGGAGCAUCUGAUAAUGAGGAUUCUGAGGAAGACGAAGUAAAGCAGUCCGCGGUGAAGUUUACUGAGACGCCCUCAAAAUCUAAACCAAAAGCUAUGUUUGCAGACGCCCGACCAUCUAAGCAUGCCGAUGUAAGGUUUUUCCAGUCAGACGAGGAGGAGGAUGAAGACGAAGACGAAGAUAUCCUGGAAGAUCAAACAAAAGCCCCAGUGCCAGUUCCUCCAGUGAUUACAGAGGACAAAGGAUGUUGGACGCAUGAACCUGAGUUCGAUAACUAUUUACAUUUGAGAAUAUACAGACCAGAUUGUGAGAAAGCUGAGACUUCAUUCUGUAGUGUUGCAUUCAGCGGGCAGCUUCUCAAGACCGAAAUAUUUGAGAAGGAAGAAACUUCCCAAGAAAUCCCUGCAGAACUGGCAGCCCAGCCGCCUACAACGAAAGCAGAUUCAAAGAAAGUGUCACCAAUAACUAAGACUGACAAAGCAAAGACGGGCGGGAAAACUAGUGCUACCGUCGUCAGUGGCAAAAAGAGCGGGAAAACCAGCGUUUCACGUGGUGCGAACAGUCGGGCCUCGUCUCCUCCUGCUUCACGGCCCGCAUCAGCAGAGAAGGAGAAAAAGCUAAGCGAGUUUAAGGAAGUGAUGUUUAAACUCCCUAACAAUGAUGGUUGUGUUGUUGGGGAACCCGCCAAAGACAUCACUCUCGAGCCUCUUCGAUUUGCCGUACAUCCUGGGAAGGAUCGUCCAAUGAUUGCCAUGGCAACUAUUACUUAUGGAGAUUUGAAGAUCCUGGAGCAGUUCCAGGGUCGUUGGUCGCACACAGACAGCAGUGCCGAACCACAGCAGUUGACUGUGACCUCUGUAGUACCGGACCGUGGUAUGCCGUUGAACACUCCGUGUGGACAAAUAUCUUUGUUUUGUUACUUGUCUCAAGUUGAACGGUUGAAAAAUCUUGGAAAGUCAACAGAAACAAUACCUUUCGAUGAAUUGGUGGAUGCGGAGAUAGCAUCACGUAAACAGGAAGAAGAGGGAGAGGCCAUCGUGAAAGAAAAGGUUUCAGAGACUCCAGAGGCCUUGUACACGGAGGGGGAUGUGAAAGCCUUGAAAGAACAACACGCUGAGGAGAUAAAAUUACUACAAGAGGAGUACGAGAAGAGGUUAAACGAGCUUACUCAAGGACUGGGACCGUAUUCACCUGACAUGGAAUAUUCUCAUCAUGUUGUUGACGCUGCUACCUCACCGAUGCUUUUCAGGCCUCCUUCACUGGUAAGAUCGCCAUCACCCGAACAGGGGAAAUCGCCGCGACCGCCAUCAGAAGCGAGGCCACAAUCUCAGCCUCGGAAACCAAGACCCCGCAUCCCUAACUUACCAGAGUGGGGUAAAGAUUUACCCGAAGAUUUCCUCGUUCGGCUCCAUUUGUUUAAUGAAAACAGCUCUAAAUACCAUCAGGAACUUACAGACAAAACACGCCGAGCAAUACAAGAACGGUAUGAACUACAAAUGGCUGUACAAAACAGACUGGGCCACGCUGAAGAAGAAAGGGAAGAAGAUACUGAUAUCUGUCUCCCUGCUGUAUUCAUGCCAACACGCACUGGCCACGUGUUCUCGCCCAAGGCCCACUCGUACUUUCACCCACCAGGUUCAUCUCAGGGCCGACUUACACAACCGCCAUCUAUGUUAAAGCUGCCAUCUGUGCCAUCAGAAGCUCAAGCGUCAAUUCUUAAUCUCUUCGAGCAGAGCAAAAGAUACAACCAAGCAGGACACCCAUGGUAUACGCAUGCUCACGAUCAACCAAGACCGCAUACCAUAGCCAACCCUGAACAGUCACAAGCAGCCCCACCACCACCCACCGCUUGUGACAUGUGGUCGCCUCCUCCUUCCCAGAGUAGGGCACGGACAACAUAGAGCUCGCGGGAAUUUGACUUUCCAUGUGUUAUUCUCCCACGAUGCGGGGAAGUGCGCCGAAGAAAUAGUGAGAGUUUCUCGCCUUACCUAGUUGGGCUCAUGGACAGCUUGUAAUAGGGUUUUUCUUUAUUAUUAAUCGAGACCACAAUGUUGUGGGAUUUUUUUCGAAAUAAGACCGGCGAGAUUCUUUGUUUGGGGUUAGCACCGGUUUUGUAACGUAUUUGAAAUAUUAUGUACUGAUGGACUGGGUGGGAGAGACAAACAAGAAAAUAUUUGGUGCGAUGUCCGUACGUUGUCACUGACGGCCUAAUAUUUUCCGUUUGGCACUAGCUACCUUUGUCAAUAUGUAGUUUAUCAUACGAACGCGGUUCUUCCUCUUUCGCUUCGUCUUUCUUACUUUAUUAAUCAUCGGCUUUUUCUGGCUUUGCUCGCGCUCCAUCACGUCUGUUUUUCGUUUAAAGUGUGCGGCGGAGCCACACGUGUCAGAUGAUUUUUUAUUACACGACUCGGGCAGUCAGAGGGCCAAUAACUAAAAUCAACCAAUCAAAAUGCUCUAUUGCCGG